GACAGCGCGCGCUAGCGGGGAAAGAUCCGCGUGCGGCUCCGCGCGGGGCAUGACGGGACGAAGAGGAAGGAGAGCGCCGGGAUGUAUCAGAGCAGCACGCAGAGGCGGCGCUGGACCUUCCGCUCCGAGGAGGAGCUCACCCGGCGCCGGGCCGAUGCCAACCGCAAGUUCCGCUGCAAAGCGGUGUCCAAUGGGAAGGUUCAACAAACAGACUCAUUUCUUCUUGAGCCUCACGAGGAAUUGGCAAUUUGCAAAUACUAUGAAAAAAGGUUAUUGGAUUUCUGCUCCGUAUUCAAGCCAGUCAUGCCAAAAUCUGUGGUGGGAUCAGCCUGCAUGUACUUCAAACGUUUUUACCUCAAUAACUCAGUGAUGGAGUAUCACCCGCGUAUAAUUAUGUUGACAUGUGCAUUCUUGGCAUGUAAAGUAGAUGAAUUCAAUGUGUCUAGUGCACAGUUUGUUAAUAACCUUCGUGAAAGCCCCGUGGGACAGGAAAAGGCUCUUGAACAGAUCCUAGAAUAUGAAUUGCUACUUAUUCAGGAACUCAACUUCCAUCUCAUAGUGCACAACCCUUACAGACCAUUUGAAGGCUUCUUGAUUGAUCUGAAGACACGUUAUUCGUCGCUUGAGAAUCCUGAGACAUUGAGGAAGACGGCAGAUGACUUUCUUAAUCGAGCAGCUUUGACAGAUGCUUGCCUUCUAUAUACACCCUCUCAGAUAGCUCUUACUGCCCUCUUGUCCAGUGCUUCUAGGGCAGGAAUUAAUAUGGAAAGUUACUUGUCAGACAGCCUAAUGCUGAAAGAGAACAAAGCUUCCUUCACCCAAUUGCUGGAUGGAAUGAAAUGCAUGAAACAUCUGGUAAAAAAACACGAGCUACCACAUCCGGACAGAAUUCCUGCUCUAAAACAGAAGCUAGAGAAAUGUCAUAGUCCAGAACUUGCCCUUAAUACAAAUACAAAGAAGAGGAAAGGCUACGAAGAUGAUGAAUAUGUUGCAAAGAAAUCUAAAAUGGAGGAGGAUGAAUGGACAGAUGAUGACUUGAUUGACUGACUAUCCACAGAGAUGUAAUCCUGAAUAUUUAACAGACUCUGGAGUCAGGGGAAAAGUUGCACAGCUCUCUGCUUGCAGAGAAAUAAAAUACCACUAAUGUAAAAAAAAAUGUUUUACAAAAUAACUGGAAUACUUCAAUGUACUUAAAUACCAUUUCUAUAAGGAGCAGCACAACUGCUUAAAUUCCAGAACUUUUCAUUUUUAAUUGGGAAACAUUUCAUUCCUUAGAGUAACCACAUUAGGCUUCUUGAUAAGAGUGCCAACUGGAAAGGCUAGUAAAGCAGUAAGUGUUACAUUGUCUAGACUAGGACUUCUUUAAACCCCUUUCUGAGAAAUCUUUACACAACUCUGGAUAUAUAGGUAAUAUAAAAUUGAUAUAAAAAUAUUGAUAAUAAAUCAGAAUUUGUCAGGCUUGGUAAA